UUUGUGAAUACAUAUACUUUGAGUUUAAAAUGGCAAUUGAUGGGAGUUUCAGUCUUGAAUCCGCGCUCGAGAGGUUCCUUGCCCGGUGUCCCAAGCUUGGGUGUCUACCACGUUUUAGUUCACUUGCUAAAAAGGGACGUGACUUGACAGAAGAAGAAGUGGUAAAUUCAGUGGCCGAGUUGUCUUUGCACCCGCAUUAUACAAUACCUUUGAUAGGGUGUUUCCGACCAAUAGCACGGAAAAUUAUGGAUAAAGCUGUGGCUUUGCUUCGUCUUGUACCUGAUCUGAGGUUGAAUUCAGAUGACCAAAUGGAAGAUUCAGGGCAUUUUGAUGAUGUGAAUGUUGUUAAUGUUAUCCAGUUUCAUGUUCAAAGUGGGAGGGGAUUGAAUCUUCACGAGCUUGCUUGCUUGGCCUUCUGUAGAGUGCUUGAUUUGGCUCCUUUUUUAUUUGGGUCUGUAUUAACAUAUUUUAAAUUUGCUCCACCACCUUUUGAACGGUUUUUGAUAAAAAGAACAGUCCACGAGUUGUCUGUAAAGGUGGUAAGUCAUUACUUGAAUGCUAUUAGGACAUCUUAUCGCCUCCUCAUAAUUGAGCCUGAGAUUUUUCGUAAACUUUGGGAUUGGUCCUGUUUCUUGGAUCUUGUUAAGAAAUUUGGAAACCCCAACUUGAGCAGUGAUGCCGAAUUGAAGAAGGAUAUUGCAGACAUUAGAUGGUGUGGAGUUCAGAUACUUUCUCUAACUUUCAGAAUGAGUGAUAGAGCAAUUUCAAACUUUGGUGUUGAAGCUGAAGAAGCACUUUCAUGUUUAUUGCGGUGGGAGGAGUUUUGUCGCGAUACAUCAUUAGAGCGGGCUGGCUCAUAUAUCGAAUCACCUAACAGCAAUAACCUGGAUUCUAGUACUGGUGACUUCAGUUUCAAUCAAGAAAAUUGUUUGCAGUGUUUUGGCCUUAAUUCACUACCCUCAUCACAGUUUCAUGAAAUUGAGCCAUCAACCAGACGUCGAAGAUUGGUGACAUGGGAUGAUAAAUUGGAUGGGAAUCCAUUUGUCUUGACAUCGACAGUGAAGAGAAGUUUUGAGGUUGUCUUGUUGGCAGUUAGUCAAAAGUGGCCUGUUCUUCUGUACGGCCCUGCUGGCUCUGGAAAAUCUGCCCUUAUUAAUAAGUUGGCAUGUGAAAGUGGUAACCAAGUUCUAUCAAUUCACAUGGAUGAUCAAGUUGACGGCAAAACAUUAAUUGGAAGUUAUGUUUGUACUGAGCAACCUGGUGAAUUUAGAUGGCAACCUGGCUCUCUCACCCAGGCUAUUCUAAAUGGGUAUUGGGUUGUUUUUGAGGAUAUUGAUAAAGCUCCAUCGGAUGUGCAAUCCAUUUUGUUACCUUUAUUGGAAGGUGCAAGCUCAUUCAUAACUGGCCAUGGGGAGGAAAUAAGGGUGGCAGAAAGUUUUCGACUAUUUUCUACCAUUUCAACUUCCAAGCUUGAUGUAUCUCAUGGUACUGAAGGCGGGAAUUCACUUGGUAAUGUCUGGAGGAGAGUGAUGAUUAUGCCACCAAGUAAUGAUGACUUGCAAAAUAUAGUGAAAGCAUGGUAUCCAAAUCUGGAGUCCCUUGCUGAUAGACUUAUAGAGACCUUCAAAAGAAUUAACUCUUACCCCCUGCACCAAGUUGCUUCUCUCAAUAGGUUCUCAUUAAGGGAUCUUCUCAAAUGGUGCAAGCGAAUUGCGGGUUUUGAUUUUAGCUCAAGGCUAAAUGGUUUGUCACCUUAUGAGUGUCAAUUCAUCUAUCAAGAGGCUGUAGAUAUAUUUGCAUCUUUUUCAACAUCUGCUGCAAGCCGUUUGACUAUGAUGAAAGAACUCGCGAAAAUGUGGGCAGUUCCUGUUUCAAUGGCUGAGACCUUAUACCCUUCCCAUGAACCUGUUAUCCAGAAAUCCCCCUUAGAACUAAGGAUUGGACGAGUUAUCCUUCAAUGCAAUGAAGCUGUUGGUUUACAUGACCAGAGUAGACAGUUUGUUAAUAUUCGGAGUUCUCUGCAUGCACUUGAGAGAAUAGCUUGCUCUGUAAAGUACAAUGAGCCUGUUCUGUUGGUUGGUGAAACUGGUACUGGGAAGACUACACUUGUGCAGAAUAUGGCCAGGAUGCUUGGUCAGAGACUUACUGUUUUGAACUUGAGUCAACAGAGCGACGUUGCUGAUUUAUUAGGAGGAUUUAAGCCUAUGGAUGCACGAUUCAUAUGCACUCCAUUAUAUAAGGAGUUUGAGUAUUUGUUUUCUAAGACAUUCUCCCGAACGGGAAAUGAAACAAUUUUCACCCGUCUGCAAAAGAUUUUGAGGGAUAAGGAUUGGAAAAAAUUAUUAAAAGGACUUCGAAAGUAUGUUGAUGACUACCAAAAGAAGGUAAAAAAGCGGAAGAAACCGUUGGAUGAGCAGUGGGAGAAUUUUUCUAUGAAACUUGAAACGGCUGGCAGACAAAUUGCUGCAUCUGGAAUGGUAUUUUCAUUUGUAGAAGGAGCUUUUGUAAGUGCACUUAGAAAAGGUGAGUGGAUUUUGCUUGAUGAGGUGAAUUUGGCUCCUCCAGAGACUUUGCAGAGAAUUGUUGGCGUUCUUGAAGGAGAAAGUGGUUCACUAUGUUUAGCUGAAAGAGGGGAUGCCAGUCAUAUAUGUAGACAUCCUAAUUUUCGUAUAUUUGCUUGUAUGAACCCUGCAACUGAUGCUGGGAAGCGUGACCUGCCUUACUCUGUACGCAGUAGAUUUACGGAAUUCUUUGUUGAUGACAUAUUAGAUGACAAAGACUUAGAACUAUUUAUUGAGAGAUUUUUGGGUGAAGGCAGAUCAAACAGAGAAUUAGUGGAAAAAAUUAGGUGUUUCUACAAAGCAGCCAAAAAAGAAUCAGAAGAAAAGUUGCAGGAUGGGGCUAAUCAGAAACCACAGUACAGCUUAAGGUCUCUAUAUCGUGCUCUGGAAUUUACAAGGAAGGCAGAGAAAAAAUUUGGUUUUCGGAAAGCACUUUACGAUGGGGUCUGCAUGUUUUUCCUCACAUUGUUAGACGGACCCAGUGCGAAGAUUAUGAAACAGAUGAUUGAUUAUGUAGUAGGGAAAAGUACGCCUCCACCUGUACCUUUUGAUGCUUACUUGGUAGUUAAUAGAGAACUCUCAGAGUCGGAUGAAUUCUUGAAGAACUACGUUCUUACGAAAAGUGUUAAAGAACAUCUUAGCAAUCUGGCACGUGCAAUCUUUAUUAAGAGAUAUCCAAUUCUCUUACAGGGGCCAACAUCUAGUGGGAAAACUAGUCUUGUGCAAUAUCUUGCUGCUAUAACUGGUCAUGAGUUUGUGCGAAUAAAUAAUCAUGAGCAUACUGAUCUGCAGGAAUAUUUGGGUUCUUACAUAACUGAUGCUUCUGGGAAGCUUGUAUUUCAUGAAGGAGUAUUGGUUAAGGCUGUCAGGAGUGGUCAUUGGAUUGUCCUAGAUGAGCUUAACUUAGCUCCGUCUGAUGUGCUGGAAGCAUUGAACCGUUUGCUAGAUGACAACAGAGAGCUCUUUGUGCCUGAACUCUGUGAGACUAUAAAGGCGCAUCCAGAUUUUAUGCUUUUUGCCACUCAAAACCCACCUACUUUCUAUGGUGGCCGUAAAAUGCUUUCUCGAGCUUUUCGCAACCGUUUUGUUGAGAUUCAUGUUGAUGAAAUCCCUGAAAAUGAAUUGAGCAUGAUAUUAGAAAAGAGGUGUCAAAUCCCUGAAAGCUAUGCUAAGAAGAUGGUUGAAGUCAUGAAAGACUUGCAGUUGCACAGGCAAAGUAGCAAGGUAUUUGCUGGAAAACAUGGAUUCAUAACUCCACGAGACUUGUUUAGGUGGGCUACUCGUUUUAAGGCUUUUGGAAAGUCUUAUGAAGAUUUGGCCAGGGAUGGUUAUUAUCUUCUGGCAGAAAGGCUGCGUGAUGAUGGUGAGAAAUGUGUGGUUCAAGAAGUUUUGGAGAAACAUCUUCGUGUAAGACUUGUGAAAGAAGACUUGUACCAAAAGGAAGUUGCUGGAAGUGACUCAGUUUCAGAGAGACUUGGAAAUGUCAUCUGUACAACAAGUAUGUGGAGAUUGUACUUUCUUGUAAAGCGUUGCUAUGAGUUACGUGAACCUGUGCUGCUUGUUGGUGAAACCGGUGGUGGAAAGACAACUGUCUGUCAAUUGCUGAGUUUGGUAUUGGGGUCCAAAUUGCGUAUUUUGAAUUGCCACCAGUACACUGAAACAUCUGAUUUUAUUGGGGGUUUCUAUCCUGUUCGAGAUAGAUCAAGACUGAUGUCUGAAUUCAAAUAUCUAAUUGAACAAUUGAGGAUGUCAAAGGCUUUAAUUAAGUAUCCUGGGGAGACGACCAUUUCUUCAGACAUCAGUCAGGCUUCUUCUACUCUUAAUAAGUUGAUUACAAUAAUUAAAUGGUAUAGAGAAAGUCAGGUUCCAAGUGCUGCAGUGACUCCACAAGAUCUUGACAGUCUUGAACAGCUGAUAUCAGACCUCACUCAGCUCUACCAGAGGUGGCAAACUAUCUUUAUGUGGCAUGAUGGUCCUCUUGUUGAAGCAAUGAAGGAGGGUAGUCUGUUUCUUGUGGAUGAAAUUUCCUUGGCUGAUGAUAGUGUACUGGAAAGAUUGAACAGUGUGUUGGAGCCAGAAAGAAAAUUGUCUUUGGCUGAGAAAGGAGGGCCCGUUCUGGAAAACAUCACUGCUCAAAAAAAUUUCUUUGUUUUGGCAACAAUGAAUCCUGGUGGUGAUUAUGGUAAGAAGGAAUUAUCUCCAGCUCUUCGUAAUCGGUUCACUGAGAUAUGGGUUCCUCCUGUUAGUGAUGUAGAUGAGCUAAGAAACAUUGCUUUGCAAAGAGUUGCCAACCCUGGACUUUCAUUAUUGGUGGAUCCUAUGCUAAGUUUCUGGGAGUGGUUCCGCCAAUUACAAGCAGGAAGAGCACUUACUGUGAGAGACCUCUUGUCUUGGAUUUCCUUCAUUAAUGUGACAGAGACAAGUUUAGGGCCUGCUUAUGCAUUGCUUCAUGGGGUUUUCCUUAUUUUGCUUGAUGGAUUGAGUUUAGGCACUGGUAUUUCUAAAAGUGAUGCUGGCGAGUUGAGAAAUAGAUGCUUGUCUUUUCUUUUGGAACAGCUAAAGGUGGAAGAUAACAAUGCGCUUUCAGCAAAACUGUCAACUAUGGAAAAUUAUGGUUGGGGUGAUAUUGGAACAAGUGUUGAUAUUUCACACAAUCAUGAUAUGCAAUGUGACAAUGUCUUUGGGAUUGAUCCGUUUUACAUUGAAAAAGGUCAUGAAAACACUGAGAUUGGAGGUUUUGAAUUUUUGGCACCAACUACACGUAGAAAUGCAUUGCGGGUAUUGCGAGCUAUGCAGCUUUCGAAGCCUGUGUUACUUGAAGGCAGUCCAGGUGUUGGGAAAACAAGUCUAAUUGUUGCUUUGGGCAAAUAUUCUGGGCAUAAAGUUGUACGCAUAAACUUAUCUGAGCAGACUGACAUAAUGGAUUUGUUGGGGUCCGACUUGCCUGUUGAGAGUGAUGAAGGAAUGAAAUUUGCAUGGUCCGAUGGAAUCUUACUGCAGGCUAUUAAGGAGGGUUGUUGGGUGUUGCUAGAUGAGCUUAAUCUUGCUCCACAAUCUGUUUUAGAGGGUUUGAAUGCUAUUUUGGAUCAUCGUGGUGAGGUCUUCAUUCCAGAGCUAGGUCUAACUUUUAGGUGUCCACCGUCUUUCAGAGUUUUUGCAUGUCAAAAUCCUUCUUAUCAGGGUGGUGGUAGAAAAGGCCUCCCGAGGUCCUUUCUCAAUCGGUUCACUAAGGUACAUGUUGAUGAGUUGGUGGAGGGUGACUAUCUUUUCAUAUGUAGUUCACUGUAUCCAUCAAUCCCAAGGCCUGUGCUUUCUAAGCUGAUUUUAUUUAAUAAGCGGCUACAUGAAGAGACCAUGGUAUAUCACAACUUUGCUCAGGAUGGCUCGCCCUGGGAGUUUAACCUUCGUGAUGUGAUUAGGUCAUGUCAGAUUAUAAAAGACUUAGGUGCACCUGCGAAGAUAGACACUGAUUUCUUUCUUGAUAUCCUCUACAUUCAAAGAAUGCGUACUGCUAGUGACCGUAGAUAUGUUCUCCGGCUGUAUGAAGAGGUUUUUGGGAUGAAGCCAUUUAUAAAUCCUUAUCCAAGAGUACAGCUCAAUGCUCACAACUUAGUUGUGGGGAACACAACUAUUAAAAGAAAUUAUACUCAGUCGUCUAAAGUUUCUAGUAGUCAGCUGAAAAUUUUGCCAGGUAUUCGUCACAGCUUGCAAGCUGCCUCACAUUGUGUACGACAACAAUGGUUAUGCAUUCUGGUUGGCUCACCGUCUUCUGGAAAGACUUCAUUGAUAAGAUUGCUAGCUCAGCUAACGGGAAAUGUACUAAAUGAAUUAAAUCUCUCUUCUGCAACUGACAUAUCUGAAUUACUUGGAUGCUUUGAGCAAUACAAUGCCUUUCGCAAUUUUCGGUUGGUUGUUGCUCAAGUUGAGCGGUAUGUUAAUGAGUAUUGCAGUUCGCAAUUGAAGUCCUCUGUAGAUGCAAUUGUCAGUCAAAAAAAGGAUUUAAUCUCCAGGUGGCUUGCUUUCUUAUCUAGUGUGGAUUUUACUCUCAUGUCAAGUUCACCUUCUACAUAUACAGAGAAUUGGAAGAGCAUUGGCAACUCACUUUGUUUAUUGGUUGAAAUUAUUCAGAAACUGAGAUUGGAUCUUGAGAAUAAUGUUUUACCUCUUUCUUGGUCAAGUAAAGAUCUGGAUAGUACAAUGAAGACAAUAUUAAAGUUGCAAGAUACGCAGCAAACAUAUUCUGCUAAAUUUGAAUGGGUUACAGGGUUACUGAUAAAGGCCAUAGAAAAUGGAGAAUGGAUAGUUCUGGAGAAUGCAAAUCUUUGUAAUCCAACGGUUCUUGAUAGAAUCAACUCUUUGGUGGAGCCCAGUGGUACAAUUACAAUCAAUGAGUGUGGGACUGUUGAUGGAAAACCGGUUGUUCUCCAUCCACACCCUAAUUUUCGAAUGUUUCUCACAAUUAAUCCAAGCUAUGGUGAAGUGUCCAGGGCAAUGCGAAAUAGAGGUGUUGAGAUAUAUAUGAUGCCUCCAUAUUGGCUAUUUGAUGAAGAAAAAGGCUCCACCUUUGAGGACAGUGAGCUAAAUGAUGCAAAGAGAUUUCUUGCUCUUUCUGGUAUUCCUUCUACUAAGCUGGUUGAAUCAAUGGCUAAAGCUCAUGUCUAUGCUACUCUUAAAGGUUUGCAAUUUAAUAAACGGAUCACACAUCUAGAGCUUGCACGUUGGGUUCAAUUAUUUCAGCAGCUUCUUGUGAAUGGCAAUCAGCCUUUGUGGAGCCUCCAGAUUAGUUGGGAGCAUACUUAUCUUUCUUCUUUAGGUGGGGCUGAAGGAGAAAAUAUAAUUAGCCAUGCCAAGAACACAUUUAUGUCAAUGAUUGAAUCGUCUGAAACUGGUUCAUCGUUGGGAUGUUCUUUGUGUUUGCCUGGAGGAUGGCCAAUGCCUUUGAAGUUAAGGGACUUGGUAUGGUAUUCAAAAGAGGCAUCUGUCAAACAGAACUGUAUGUAUUUGGAGUUCCUGGGGGCUCAGUAUGCAUCUUGUGAACUACAAAAUUGUUGGAAUGGUAGCCCUGUGGAUCAAGCUUUGUCUUCCAGUGACAGUGCAGUAACUUACUUGAUGAACGUGAAGAUGCUUCAAAGGAUAAUGUUUCCUAUGGUUUCAAAUGGCACAAUUUCCAGUUCUGGUGGGAAGACAGAAUUUAAGUCAAAUUUGGUUAAUAAAAUGUUGUUAUUUGCUGCCAACUGGACUAUCGAACAAGCAACAGAAAGUGAUUUUCUGUUGCAUAUUCUCUGGUUUAGCUGGUUUAAUUCUCAAUUGCAGCCCUAUUGCCAGUUUUUCAACUCUUUCCUGGCUUCACUCCGGGAGGAGUUGGAGGAUCAAAUCUGGAAAGAUAUAUUCUGCUUCCACAAGGUGCUUAAAUCAGAUCCACUAGUCGAUUUAGAUUCUCAUCCACUUCCGUUUGCACUGCUUUCAAUGGAGCAAGUUGAUUUAACUGCAUCAAGUGAUAAGUCAGAGGAGCAGAGUAACCUACUCCGUAAUGCUAUUAACUGUGUUGACCUUCUGAGGCUUAGUUAUCAACAGUGGAAGGCUGAGGGUGAGCAUGACCACACUGAUGAAACUUGGUAUUGCCAACCAUUUUUGAAAUCUCUAAGAAAUUUGGAGAACUCAGUCCUGAAAAUGGUUGUUAAUUCUCCUUCAUUUGAUAAGCUGAUACAAUUUUACACUGAUCUUCUUGAAAAUCACAUACUAUUUUGGAGCGGUGUUACCUCAUCUCAGGUUGAUUGCUUGCUGAUUUCUUGGCGUUCUUUGAUGAAGAAUGCUACAAAGUUGCACAACUUUUGUCCAAAAGAAGUUGAGAAUGUCCUGAUGGAAGGCAAGAAUCUGGGUAAAUUUUCUUCUUGGCAUUUUCAAUCACAAAGGUCUUUACUAUGGGUUCAUGGUGGUCAUCCUUUUUUGCCUCGGUCUUCUAAGUUAUAUCAUCAACAACAUCAGCUUUUAAGUUUCUGUCACUUUUUGUGGCAAAAGCAAGGUAUGCUCUGUCUUGAUGUUGUUGCAUCUUCCGAUCCUGAACUUCGCUUAUUGGCAUUGCAAGGUGUGAGUAUGUCAUCACAUAUAGCAUGCAAAUCUGAUGAAGAUGACGACAAUAUUGCCCAGAAGUUGGAGGAGAUUUGUCAGAUGCUUGUAAAGAGGUUUGAAUAUGAAAAAUGCAAACUGGCGGAACAAUUGGGGCCUGAGCAUGCCACACUUGGUUCAAGUUUAGCUUCUUGCUGUGUUUUUGAACCUGAGAUAUUGUGUCGGAAGCCUGGCUUUGACAGUUGGUUGGACACACUUCCUAUAAAUGACAGCUCAAGUUGGUUCCUGGACAUAAAUUUACUUAAAGAGUUAUUGCAGAUCCCUGUGUUUGAUCACAAAGAAAUGCGGCUAGAAUUGGGUAAAGUAUCUGACCUUCUGGAAUCUGCUUUGAGCUAUUCAUUGACUUGCUCAAGAAGGCCACCUCAAGCUUUUGUACCACAUCAAAAACUCUUGUGGAUGCUAGAUGCUUGGACGUCAGUGGAUGCAGUGAAUUUGAAAGUUGCCAGUUUUGUUCUUGAGAUGUGGUUUUGGUGGCAUUCAUUUUUGUGGAGUUAUAGUCCUGCUGCAUUCAUGAACUUUGCAAAAAUUGGCAACCAUGAUGUUCCUCUUCCUGCUCUGCUCGUUCAGCCCGUGAAAACAGCGGUUAUCUCUCAUACUCUGCAAAGCAUAUUUGCCAUCAAAGAUUAUACUGUGUACUCUUUGAAGCUCAAAGUUGCUUCUCGAAAUCUCUGGCAAAGUCCUCCACAUCCAAAAAAUUUACCUACUUCUCUCUUAUCUGUUGCUCGUUCACUUUUUCAUCAGAUUAUAUAUGCACACAAAAAGUCAUUUGAUGCUGGUGCAUUUGCUGAAAUGAACUCCAUGCUUUGUGCCUUUGAGAAGAACACGGUUACGCAAGAUAGCAUUAAUGGUUUGAGCUCACUUAUUGCAUCUUCAAGCCAUCGAAGAUUGAAGUCUUUGGUGCAAUUGUUUAUUGAGCCACUGCUUAGAGAACUCUUUCUACACUGCUUUCCCUCUGGUGAUGGUUUCUUCUCCAAUCUUGGUUAUGCAUGGAUAAGGAUUGGGGCAUUACGUUUUCACCUCUUGAUCAGCUGUGAUGUUUUGGAUCCUGCCAUGAAAUACUCUUGGAAGUGUUCACAGUUGGAAGAGAAGAUUUUAUUGCUCAAACUUGAAAUUAAGGUACGACAAGAAUGUGAGUAUCUAGCUGGUUGGUCAUCUUCAAGAGCAGCUGAUAAGAAAAGAGCAGUUGCACUACAAAAGCUUGAAGCUGAGCAUAAGAGACUACAAAGAAAGAUUGUAUAUCGCCCUAAUCCUCUGAAGUUCAAGGCAUUGAAAAAAGAAUGUGAUGAGUUUCUUGAACUUGUUAAUUCGUCCAUGAAUUUGGUGAGUAAUACUGCAGUCAUGGACCUUAAACAGGCUAUUGAGCAAGUGUGCAACUGGCAGGAAACUGCAUCCCGUUUUAUCAAUCGACUGUCAGAAGAUUAUGCUGAGUUUGUAGAUAUAGCUCAACCAGUUCAGGUGGCCAUAUAUGAAAUGAAAUUGGGCUUUUCUGUUUUGCUGUCAAACACUUUGCAAAAUGCUUUUUUGAACAGCAUCAAGGAGGACAAUAUGGACAGAAUUUUGGACUCGGUUUAUUCAUUUAUGAGAUUUCCUAGAGGCUACGGAUUUGAUUUAGUAACAGUGAACCCCAAAACCAGGGUGCCUGAGUACUAUUUCGGUGAUGUAGAUUCUUCUUCAAACCUCUUUGCUAUAGAUAUAAGUUUACUGGAGAAGCUGGUCACUUUUUCAAGGGACGUCAACACUGCAAAAGAGGGUUCUGUCUUGCAGCUUAGAGCUUCUGUUCAUCAAAAUGCUCUUAUACGUGUGGCAUACUUUGUAGCUAAUUCUCAACUAAUGGAUAAGGCCUCUUUCAUGUUAUUGGAUAAAAUUUUCUGUGAGUUUGCAAGCAUUUGGAUGAACAUGAAAGUCCAAGUAAAAACCAGGGAAGAUCAUGACUCUCAACAAUACAAAUUCAGGACUCGUGCCUUUACAAUUGAUAGAGUUUUUGAAGUUGAUAAGUCAACACUAUGCAAGUUGUUUGCAAAUGACACUUUUUCAGAAUGGCAGGAGCUGCUUUCUGGAGAAGAAAUUACUGAAAAGGUGGAAACUGAUGAUGAAUUUGAAAGUUUGGAGGAUGAAUGGAACCUUAUGCAGGAAUAUAUUCUGAAUAACAUGGUCCAAAUACACAAUCAAUUGUUUGGAUCUACUGAUCUUGUCUUAAGACCUGGGACCUUCAAAAUCUCUGAUGCAGACAGAUUGCAUACUUUCAGCAACUCUUAUACAUUGGGAGUUGAAAUGCUAAAAGGUUUAGGGGGUCUAAGUUCUUCCACUUUGGAUGCUAGACUUUCCCCGGAGCAUAUCCUACGCCUUUGCUUGGAGCACGAGCAGAAAUUUGUUUCAUCAAAUCACUUAGCUUGCAAAUACAAUUUUUACAAGGAUUCAAAUGCCCCUGUGAUGGCAAAAAUGGUCAAGUUACUUGUUUCUCUUCAACAACGGGUUCUUACACUUCUGAGUGAGUGGGAAGAUCACCCAGGUCUGCAGAAGAUCUUGGAUGUGGUUCAAAUGCUGUUGGCUAUUCCUCUCACAACUCCUCUUGCAAAGGCUCUAUCAGGGUUGCAAAUUUUGCUUAACAGGGCUCAGAUGUUACUGGAAAGUGGCACAAAAUUUCCUCUUUCUGAUCUGCUGGAACCCAUAACUUCCCUGGUAUGUUCAUGGCAAAAGAUGGAGUUUGAGUCUUGGCCUGCAUUGCUUGAUGAGGUGCAAGAUCAGUAUGAGAGUAAUGCUGGGAAGCUGUGGUUUCCACUAUUUUCUGUUCUUCGUACACAGUCCGCUGAUACUGCUGGAUAUGAUCAGUCUACCAUCCAAAGUUUGGAGGAAUUCAUUCAAACGUCCAGCAUUGGUGAAUUUAGAAAACGCCUCCAACUUCUUUUUGCUUUUCUUGGUCAAUUCAUGAUUGGUAGAUCCUUGGGAACUUAUUCCAGUCCAUGGCAAGAGGAAAUUCAGAAGAUCUUAUACAAUUUAUAUGGGUUCUAUGUGCAAUUCUUGCCAAUAAUAAUGGAGCAUAUAGGGGCCAAUCGAAAAAAUAUUGAGAAAGAAGUGAGAGAGCUUUUGAAGCUGUGCCGAUGGGAGCGUUUUAUGCCUGUUGAUAAUUUGAAAAGGGUCCGACAGAAGCUCCGGAAACUAGUGCAGAAGUACACUGAACUGCUGCAACAACCUGUGAUGCUUAUCCUUAACCGACAAACACCACAAAAAGGAUUGAAAGUUCUCUCAGUACAAGGUCCGAGGGUCCCCAGUGAAAUCUCAGAUGAGAGUCUGGGUUUGUUGAAUGCUACUUUAGAUUUAUCACAAUUCAAUGAUGAAGAGAGGUCUCCCUGGUACAGCAAUUGGCGGAAAAAAGUGUGUCAUAAAUUGCAAAACUUGGUCCUUGAAGGGACAGCAGAAUUAUGUUUCCUUGAUGCUAAAGGAGUUACUGAUAGCACUAGGCAAUUGUUAGCAUCCCAAUCAGAGAGCCUAUUACACCCAGAAGAGUGGAAGGAUUUGUGGCAAACACUUGAAAUUAUAUGUAAAACCACAAUGGAUUGUGGUAAUCUGUGGAAGGAUGUAAACAAAAGUCUGGGGAAGAGGAGGGCUUUUUCUGAACUUCUAAAAUUGUUAGAAAACAGUGGGUUGCACAAGCACAAAUUUGAGAUAAUGAAGAUAUCCAAUCAGUCGAAUUGGUUGUUCCUUCAGCCUUCUUAUGACUUGGAGCAUCUCCUGCUGCCACGUAGUAGACUGUCUGAGGCUGCUGGUGAUUAUCAGUGUUUGCCUAGUGGAGCAUUGGAUCCUGAAUGGAAAGCCACAAACGAAUUCUACUUCAAGAGCUUGGCAUCAGUGCAACUUUUGCAGCACAUUUGCCUGAAACACCAUGAAGAUUUUACGUCUGAGCAGAUUAGUAGGUCAAUCUCUUUUCUCAACCAUCUCAUAGUCAUACAACAGAUGCAACGAGAUGCUGCUUAUGAUUUUGCUAAGAAUGUAAAGCAAUUACGUGAAUGUACAUCUGGUUUUGGAACUUUGUAUUCUAAGUGCACUGAGUUAAACCAGAGAAUUGACAAUGAGUGUGCUUUUGCACGAGGCCAAAAGGACAUGAUUAAGUGCAUUUGGCAACAGAAGCAAUUGUUUGAUAGUUUGUAUUCUAUGCUGGUUGAAGAAUCACUCUUAUUGAGAAAAGUUGAGAGCACUCAUUUAAAUAAUUGUCAAAGUGUCAGAGCUACAGCACAUAAUGUUCUUUCUUUCAUUGACAAAUUUAUUCCUGUUAUCCAGAAAUCUAAGGAAUUAUUGGAUAACUAUCUUCUUGGCUCCGGUGGAGCUAUAACUCUAAUGACUGGAUGCUUCCAUCAUUUUGUUAUUCCAAAACAAACAGAACAGUUGGUAGUUAAAAACUUCCAGGUUAUUAAUGAAUUUCAGGAGCAUCUCUCUAGUCUCCGUCAGCAAGACUUGGGUAAAAGCUCUGUCAUACAGACUCUUCUCAGUCACUUUGACGAUUUGUUAAAGAAGGGAAAAUUUAUUGCUGAACAGUUCGAUUCUGCCAUGGAAGCUCAAAAUCACUCAGAAAAUCCAAGUGAAGAGGCCAGCUAUUGCAAUGAGGGUUAUUCUGAAAUUGAAGCUAAGUUUGGUGAAGCCCUCACAAGUACACAUGCAAAUAUUAUGGAUGUGUUGCAAAAGCUAGGGUCAUUAAGCAAUGAUCAUGUUCCUUCAGAAAAGUUAUUUGGGAGUGUUACCUCAUGGGAGAACAUACUUAAGUCAUCUGUAGGGAGUUUGAGUUUGGACCAAUUAAAUGAUCAACUUCUUGAAAUUGUUUCCUGUGCGGAGAAAAUGGUAGAACAUUCUGGCAAGGGAUCUCCUGGUCUCUCUUCCCGUGUUGGAGCACAUUUUUACCCUCUUUAUACACUUUUGGACUUAGUCUUGAGCUUUGCUGAUGGCUUCCUGCAGGAUUUCCUCGCAAUGCACAAAACUGUAUCUAUAAUGACUCAUGCACUUGCGAAUAUUUUAGCUUCAUUGUUUUCAAAAGGAUUUGGCAUUUCUGCCAAAGAUCAAGAAAAUGACAAUAGUGAUGAUAAAUCUCAAGAUGCGAGUGGAACAGGUCUGGGGGAGGGUGCAGGACUGAAAGAUGUCAGUGAUCAAAUAACCGAUGAAGAUCAACUCCUUGGGGCUUCAGAAAAGGAGGCUGGUGAUGAGCAAGAUGCCUCAGAUCAAUUACCAAGUAAAGAUGAUAAAGGAAUUGAGAUGGAGCAGGAUUUUGCAGCUGAUACAUUUAGUGUUAGUGAGGAUUCUGGUGAAGAGGAUAAUGAUGAAGAUGGUGAGGAUGAGCCUGAGUCUGCAAUGGGUGAUACUGGAGCUGAUAGUGAAGUUAUUGAUGAAAAGCUUUGGAAUAAGGAAGAAGAAGAAAAUCCUAACACUGAAAAGGAGAAACAUGAGCCUGGGCCAUCGGUUAAAGACAAAGAUGAAAGUAGUAGGGAGCUUAGAGCCAAGGAAGAUUCUGCCUCCAUGGCUGAUGAACUUGGGGAACUUAAUUCUGAUGUAAAUGAUGGACGAAAAGAUGAGAACGGAGAUCAGGAUGAUCUUGGUGGCGAUGUUGAAAAUAUAGAAGAUUCGAAUAUGGACAAGGAAGAAGCAUUUGCUGAUCCAACUGAUCUGAAGCUUGAUGAAUCAAAUGAAAAUGUUGAUGAAGAUAUUGACAUGGAUGAAAAAGAUCGCACAGACAACAAGGAAGAAGUGGAUCCAGAAGAGCAUGAUGAAUCUGUGGAGAAUGGAAGCCAUGAGGAGAUGAAUGAGAAUCCCAUUGAUGAAACUAUGGGAGAAGCAGAGAAUGAACAAGCAGGUGGGACUUCUGAAAAGGAUGAUGUAAACAGGGAUUCUGAAGAGAAUACAGAAACGGAUUUAAUGGCUCCAAGGAAAGAUACUUUUGAAGCAGGAAUGUCUGACUUCAUUGAUGAUCUUGUGCCUAAUGCUGAAUCUGCAACUCAACCAAAUGGUGAUUCCCGGUCAUCAAAUUUGAAAAAUGUUGCACAAGAAGCAAACUUUUUCAAUGACAAUGAAAUUAGUAAUGACGUUGCUCCUCUAUCAAGCUUACCUGGUAAUACCUCUCAGAUGGAUAUAAUGGUUUCUGGCACAUCUACCAGUGGGAAAGUCACUGAUGAUCAACCAAAAACUCAAUUGCCUGAGCAGAAAUCUUCUCCUGUUCAGAAAACCCAAGCAAACCCUUACAGGAAUGUUGGGGAUGCACUUGAGGAGUGGAAAGAAAGGGUAAAUGUGUCUGUCGAUCUUCAGGCGGAUAACACAGAAACACAGGUUGAGGUUGAGGAUGAGAAUGCAGAUGAGUAUGGAUAUGUUUCUGAAUUUGACAAGGGAACAGCUCAGGCUUUAGGUCCAGCUACAUCUGAGCAGAUUGACAUGAAUGUUGAUGGCAAUGAACCAGAUUCAGAUAAUCUUGCAGCACAUAGAGAUGAUGUAACUGAGAUGGAGAUUGAAAAGAAAAUUCCUGAGGCAAACACUACCGAGCAUCAUUCCACAAUCCUCCGAAAUAAGACGGAGGAGCAAAUACAAAUCUCAGACUUAGAGAAGUCACCCAUGGAGGGAUCCCCAGAAGUUCACAUAGAUGAUGAUGGUGAUCCAGGGAAUCAGUCUGAGAGUCUGGUCUCUAUGAAGAAGUCAUACCUGAGUGAGGAUCUAUAUCAGCUGAGUAAACUAUCUGUAAAUGAUGAUGAGAUGGGGAAAGCCCUAGAACUUGAUGAGGUUUCUGGUGAUAUGAAAAAUAAUGCUAGUGCUCUUUGGAGAAGAUAUGAACUUCGAACUACUAGGUUGUCUCAGGAGUUGGCUGAACAAUUGCGUCUCAUUAUGGAACCCACUCUAGCCAGCAAGCUUCAAGGUGAUUAUAAGACUGGGAAAAGGAUUAAUAUGAAAAAGGUAAUUCCCUACAUAGCUAGUCACUACCGGAAGGAUAAAAUAUGGUUAAGGCGAACCAGGCCAAACAAGCGUGAUUACCAAGUUGUUAUUGCUGUGGAUGAUUCCCGUAGCAUGUCUGAGAGUGGUUGUGGGGAUGUUGCAAUUGAAGCCUUGGUGACUGUGUGUCAAGCCAUGUCUCAACUGGAAAUGGGAAACUUGUCUGUUGUGAGCUUUGGAAAGAAGGGCAACAUCAGGUCGCUACAUGAUUUUGAUCAGCCCUUCACUGGAGUGGCUGGCAUCAAGAUGAUAUCGGGUCUGACAUUCAAGCAAGAGAAUACCAUUGCAGAUGAGCCAGUUGUUGACCUGUUGAUGUACUUGAACAACAUGCUUGAUACUGCAGUUGCAAAGGCGCGGUUACCUUCUGGACAAAACCCACUACAGCAACUAGUUUUAAUUAUUGGGGAUGGUCGGUUCCAUGAGAAGGAGCACUUGAAGCGCUGGGUUAGAGAUCUAUUAGUAAAGAGGCGAAUGGUUGCGUUUCUGCUUAUGGAUAGUCCACAAGAAUCAAUAAUUGACCUCAAGGAAUUAUCAUUUCAAGGUAAAGAGAUCAAGGUUUCAAAUUAUCUAGAUUCUUUUCCCUUCCCAUAUUACAUUGUCUUGAGAAACAUUGAAGCCCUCCCUAGGACUCUCGCGGAUUUACUGAGACAGUGGUUCGAGCUUAUGCAGAAUACAAGGGAAUAAAUUAUUUUUGAGGCUUGGAGUGAGUUGCCUUCACCUGUUCCUUCCAAGAGCACGAUGAAAUAAUCAUUCUCGGUUUUGAAAAGUGGACACAGGUAGAAGAAAGUAAAUUUCUUCUUUGGUGCUAGUUUAGAUGGACAAUAUGGUAAGCGAAAGAAAUGUAACUCCAGGGUUAAGUUCUGAGAUAAAUUUUGUACAGGAAAAUGUUGUAUCAUAGCUCAGAGUCAGAAUAGAGUAUAAUUUUUUGUAUCAAAGAAUUCUAUAUGAUGAAGUCGGAAUUAUCAUCAAUAAAGAUGGGCUGAUUGGCCAUAUUUUUUUCUCA